AUGGAAGCGGCAGACGCACAUAAGAGAGGGGAGGUUAUCAUCCCAACCCCGAAAUGGUUCAUAGCGCUUCGAGUGCUCCAAAUCGUCUUAGCCCUCAUCGCGGUCGCCUUGACAGGAUGGUGGAUCCACGGGUUAUACUAUGAUGAGCUCGGCUUCGUUAUCGUCUGCGGCUUAUUCACUUGGAUCAUCGCUGUGUACGCCCUCUUGUCCGAGAAGGUAUCGUCUUGCCGCCGCGCCUACAAUACGUGGGCGAUCCUCGUGCUCGAUGGGCUCAUGAUAAUAUUUUGGCUAGCAGCCAUGGGUGCCACCGCGAACCGGCGGAGCAAAUUCACCGUACCCGUUACUGCAAGCUGCGUCAGCGACGGCAGUACGAUUAACAGCGGUCAUUGUACGGUAUGGAAGCGCGCUGGUGUGGCUACGGAUGGGGCUCUGGGCGUUCUAAGCGGAAUAGCUGGUGUCUGCGCUCUCGUAAUGCUAUUGUUCGUCCCUACGUUCGCUUACGUAUGCCACUAUUUCCGUCUCUCGUUUGCCGGUGCUUCCACCAGCGACCCUGAGAAAGCCUCUGCUGCGGGCACUGCCACCGGGGUAAAUAAUACCGGCGUUGGUGUACAGGGUGCUACAGAGCUGCAAUCAGGAAUUCCACCGCAGAACUAUGCGGCGAACCAGUCACAACCGCUCUUGCACCAGCAACCUAAUCAGCAAUGGACCCAGCAAGGGGCAUACCCCCCUCAGGCCGGCCAACCGCAGUACCAGCAGGGCCAGGCAUAUGACCCCUACGCAUCGCAGAACGUCGGAUAUACUGGUACGACAGGCGUAUACCCUCAGCAAACUGGUCAGCCUGCGCAGCCAUACAGCCCUCAGGGCACGCCUGCCCCUUAUAACACGCAAGGCACACCGGCUCCGGGGCAGCCGUACCAAGUACCUUACCAGUCGAAUACGCAAUAG